UUCCCCUUUACCCCCCACAAUCGCUUCUUCUUCUUCUUCUUCUUCAUCACCCUAAUACGCAUACCUACCUGCUACCUGAACCCAUCUGAGCGGUCAGCCACCGAGCCCCUUCAUCCCGCCCUUUUUGACGACAGUUGCCGCACCACCAGCAUCGCAGUAGACCAUCCCUACAGAGGGCCUUUGCCCACCACUGCCGCCAGCAUGAGUUUCGUCAACAACUCCCGCAUGUCUGUUUACUCGACUGCGUCGGCCACUCCCCGUAACAACAAUCCCUCUGCCCCAGUAUCCACCACCACCCUUCUCAACACCCUCAACGCCGCCUAUCGAAACAACCAGCCCUACUCGCUCGAGGCCAGCACCAGUCUUGCCGUCAACACAUGGCUCACGGCUCGCCCCCAGCCAGAUGGCCGCAUUGGCGGAGCCAUCGACACCGAGCUGGGACGCAAAGCCUGGGAACACGCCCGUCGUCGUGCCGAAGAUGGAUGCAUCGUGCUGGCAUCUCUGCACGAUUCUACCCCAUCGCAAUUCAUGGCUUUCAGCACAGCCCUGCCGCUCUCUACCCCAACUAGCUACUAUACCGCCCUCGAUGUCAUUCGAGCAUUCACUCACUGCGUUACCCCCCAAAACCCCUCGCUUCCUCGUUACACCGGUCUAGCUGCCGUCUUCACUAUCAAUCUUGCAGGCAAUCUGCUAGGUGCCGAGAUCAAACUCUCCACCACUGGAAUUGAUACCCAGAAGGGUCUUUUGGAUAUUCCUUCCCAACCGGGACACCGUGCUUUCGAUGUCUUUUAUUACCUCAACUCCAGCUCUGCCAGCAAGGACGAGCGCGAGUUUUUGGGUCUGCAGCACGCCUCUCAAUAUUCCCUGCUUAACAAGUCCGGCACCUACGAUCCACCUUCAUAUCUGCCUGACGCAGAUGAUGCCGGCGCCGCCGAGGAUUUUCGCGCAAAUCUCAAGGCCAUUGGAAUCAAGGGCCAAAAACUAUCUAGCUUGAUCAGCUGCCUUGUUGGUUUGCUCAAGCUCGGCGAUACGCUCGGUUACUUCGUGGAUGAGGAAACAUUGAUCGCCGUUUGUGAUGACUGCGGAACAUUGCUCGACAUGGAUCCCGAGCUGCUUCGAUCGAAGCUGGGCGAGAACGACCGGGGUAUCGCCAUUGCAGGAAUCUACGAAGCCCUAGUGGACUAUGUUGUGGCCCAUGCCAACGCCACCAUUUCCGAUGACAUCCGCACCGCUCGCGCCAGUUCUUCGCAGAAUGGAAGCGAUGAGGGUCACAUGACCCCUCCCUCCGAGGAAGAGGUGGGUGAUAUUGUCAACAUCACGGUCGUUGAAAUCCACAACCAAGCUGUUGCAAAAUCUAUUGCACUCCGCACCGUGUUUGAUGAUAGCGAAGGCAUCAACUCUGAAAUGAAAGAGGACGGCGUAGAUAUCCCCUCGGCGGGUAAUUCGGUAGCAGAGGCAGUGCGUGCUGCUGUACAGGCAGGGGACGCCGAACUCGGUCCCGAGUCUCGACGUCAAUCCGACCUCGAAAAACGUGAAUCGGUUUUGGAGCACAUUGCUCUGGAGAUGGUGGAAGAAGACAAUUUCAUCAAAACUAUACUGCAACCUGUGGCGGGCGAGGGCAUUGUUCUCGGUACGCACAACAGGCUCGAUAUACCUGUCACGGUUGCCAGCAGUAGAGUCUGGUUUCACCUUUCCCUUCACCCCACCGACGCAACACCCGACAAGCUCGCAGCAGAUGUAAACGCCACUUGGUCUGCUGCCAAAAUCUCAAGACAACUCCGAGAUUGGAGAAUUCCCGAAUGGGCCAAUCGCCGAAACCGAUCACUCGACUUCACUGCCGAUUUUGAUCACCAAGAAUUCUUCGAACGUUAUCAUGUGCUUGGGUGUAUGGAAGGAAAAGACGGUAUCCAAAGUUGGAUCAUUGCCCGUGGUUGGAGCAACGGCGAAAUCGUAGUGGGUCACCAACGUGUCUGGGUUCGAGAAGGCACGUGGUGGGAGGCGGAAACACAGCUCGAUAUGAAGGUUCAAGAUGCUGGCAGUAGUGGCAUGCUUGGAAACAUGGUCGGUGCUGGCGGUUUGGAGAGUGGAUACUCAGCAAACCCCGCCAUGGGCAGCGGUUUCUUCCCGCCUAUGCCCGCUAUGGCGCCUCAGGAUAGCCAGACCCAACUACAGACUGGCCUUUUACAGCGUCAGCCUAGCUCUGUCACCAUGGACGCCCGAAGCGCGCUUGGUGCUAGAUCUGUUGCCCCCACGACUGCCCCCACCACGCAGAACCGCCCUGGCGAUUAUGGGCUGGGAGGCAAAGGCGAUGAAGACAAGGGCAUUACCUAUUACGACACCGAAUCCGGGGGCGACACAGUCGUCACUGAAACCCGCAUCGGCGCGGUUCGACGAAUGUGGGUUGCAGUUGUCUGGGCUCUGACCUUUUGGGUACCAUCGCCCGCUCUUAAAUACAUUGGGCGCAUGAAGCGGCCUGAUGUCCGAAUGGCGUGGCGAGAGAAGCUCGUCCUGGUCUUCAUCAUCUUUCUGUUCAACGCACUCAUCAUAUUCUUUAUCAUCGGAUUCGGUAGAGUAAUGUGUCCAGCCAAAGACAAAGCAUGGGAUCGCGAGGAAGUGUCUUUCCAUCGAGGUGCUGACGACUUUUUUGUCAGUCAUCAAGGAUCUGUUUACGACCUGACUAGUUUCUGGAAGCGAGACCACAGCGACAGCACCGGCAGACCGACCACCGAAGAAAACAUGUUGCCUCUGGCUGGAGCAGACAUGGAUCCAUACAUUCGGCCUCUGCUCUACCAGUCGUGCAACUAUCUUGUCAAGGAUUAUCUUUUUGCCCUUACUCCGAAUACUACCGCGGAACACCCCGAGGCCAAGCACGAUUACGGAAACCGUACAGCAGGCGAUAGUAAGGCUCUCCAGAACCAAGAUUGGUACGGCAACACCUUCUUGAAGAAGAUCAAAGAGUUCCGCAAGGGAGAUCUGGUCUGGGAUGUCAAAAAGAUCCAGGACGAAGGCGCAAACCAGAACCACUACUGGUUCCGACUCGGCAACAAGGUCUACGACUUGACUGACUAUUUCCACACCCAAGAUGUUUUGGACAACUCUGCUGCAACCCAUUUCCUAGACCCGAAGAUCGAGGAGAUGGUCAAGAAUUACGCUGGCACCGACCUUGCUGAACGAUUCAAUGAUCGCCUCGACCCCAGAAAUAUGUCCAUGAAUCUUGCGUGUUUGGAGUCUACCUUCUAUGUUGGCCUCACAGACUUCCGUGAGUCCGCUCGCUGCAAGAUUAACGAUUACCUUCUGCUCGCAUUUACCAUCAUCAUUGCUGCUGUGGUCCUCAUCAAGUUUUUGGCGGCUCUCCAGCUCGGGUCCAAAAGGCGUCCCGCUAACCAGGACAAGUUCGUCAUCUGCCAAGUGCCUGCAUAUACCGAGGGAGAAGAUCACAUCAGGAAGGGUCUUGACUCUCUGACUGCACUUGCUUACGACAACAAGAGGAAGCUGAUUUGCGUCAUCUGCGACGGCAUGAUCGUCGGAGGUGGCAAUGACCGUCCUACUCCCAAGAUUGUAUUGGACAUCCUCGGUGUUGACCCCAAAGUUGACCCACCUGCUCUUCCAUUUAAAUCUGUUGGUCAAGGUAGUGAGCAGCUCAACUACGGCAAGGUAUAUUCUGGCCUCUACGAAUUUGAAGGCAACGUUGUUCCGUACAUUGUCGUUGUCAAAAUGGGCAAGGAAUCCGAGCAAACCAAGUCUAGGCCGGGCAAUCGUGGCAAGCGAGACUCCCAAAUCUUGUUGAUGAGCUUCCUGAACCGGGUACACCACCGAUCGGCCAUGAAUCCUCUAGAGUUGGAAAUGUUUCACCAGAUCAACAAUAUCAUCGGCGUGGAUCCGGAACUGUACGAGUACCUUUUGAUGGUUGACGCUGAUACUAUGGUCAAACCUGAUUCCCUUAACCGUCUGGUUGCAAGCUGUGCGAACGAUUCAAAGAUUGCCGGCAUCUGUGGCGAGACGAGUCUGGAGAACGAAGAACGCAGUUGGUGGACCAUGAUCCAAGUGUACGAAUACUACAUCUCUCAUCAUCUGGCAAAAGCUUUCGAGAGUUUAUUCGGCAGCGUUACAUGUUUGCCCGGUUGUUUCUGCAUGUAUCGACUUCGUACCGCAGACAAGGGUAAGCCCUUGAUCAUUUCAGACAAGGUCAUUCGCGAGUACGCAGACUGUGAUGUCGACACCCUACACAAGAAGAAUCUCUUGUCUCUAGGAGAGGAUCGUUUCCUGACAACUCUCAUGACAAAACAUUUCCCCACCAUGUCGUACAAGUUCAUUCCCGAUGCCUACGCACUCACAGCAGCGCCCGAAUCUUGGAGUGUGCUUCUUUCCCAACGACGUCGCUGGAUUAACUCGACAAUCCACAACUUGGCCGAACUUACGCUCCUCAAAGACAUGUGCGGGUUCUGUUGUUUCAGUAUGCGUUUCGUGGUUCUCAUCGACCUUUUCGGUACUAUCGUUCUUCCAUCCGUCUGCAUCUACAUUGGAUAUCUCAUAUACACUGUCUCUACUGGCACAGGGCAAUUCCCGAUGCUCUCAAUCAUCAUGAUUGCGCUUGUGUACGGCUUACAGGCUGUCAUCUUCAUCAUCAAGCGACAGUGGCAACACAUCGGAUGGAUGAUUAUUUACCUUCUGGCUUUCCCUAUCUACUCGUUCAUUCUGCCCAUUUACUCCUUCUGGAAGCAGGACGACUUUUCGUGGGGAAACACGCGCGUUGUCAUUGGCGAAAAGGGCGUCAAACAAGUUGUCACCAAGGGAGACGAAGGAUUUGAUCCCAAGAGCAUACCGCUUCAACGAUGGGACGAUUACGCACUUGCCAAUAGCCUUCCCGGUCGCCGUGGCCUUGCUGGGCAAACCUCUGAGAAGGGUGGCUUCAGUGCUUACGAAGAUGACGGAUACGAAAUGAACGACAUGCAGUCAGUUUACUCCUCUGUGAAACCGGCAUCGACCAUCAUGUCCAACAUGCAUCACAUUUCCCACAUGCCGCCACAAUCUCCCGGGCCCUUCCAGGGCAUGCAAGCACGCCAAUCUUCUUACUCUAAUUUCUCCCGAUACCAAGACAAUCCACAAGAGCGACUUAUGUCGAUGGGCGGGAUGAGCGAACAGGCCAAUACAUCUCCCUAUGGCAACCGACCUUCGAUGGGUGGCUUCCAAAGCUCUGACAAUCUCAUGGCAUCGACACCCCCGAUUCGGGGACGCAGCCCUCUCGGCGGCUACGCACAGUCGCGACCGGGCAGCACGGCCAAUUUCCAGAGUAUGAUGGGCGGGCCCAGUGACGCGGUGAUCAUAGAGGUUGUUCAACAGUGCUUGAGGGAGGCAGACCUGGACAAUGUCACCAAGAAACAAUUGGUCGCCCUGGCUGAGCAGCGUCUGCAAACCCAACUUUCUGGCGAGCGACGUAUAUUCCUCAACCAGCAAAUCGACCACGAGCUUGCCAACAUGGCAUAG